AUGACGGUCACCUACACCAGACAUGUUGCAACAUGCAGAGGCUUCGGCUGCUUCUGGAAACUCCUUGUUAGAUGGAAAGGGAGCAUCUAUAAGCUGAUUUGGCCGGAGCUGAUUCUCUACACCGUCCUGUACUACACGGCCAGCUUCAUCUACAGGUUCGCGCUGGACGACUUCCAUAAAAGAAAAUUCGAGAAGCUAACGAUCCACUGCCAGCGCUUCGUCGACUUGAUUCCUGUGUCCUUCGUCCUGGGUUUCUACGUCAACAUCGUCAUCCAGCGCUGGUGGGAUCAGUACAAGACGAUCCCUUGGCCGGACUCCCUGUCUGUCUUCGCGUCGACUUGCAUCCAUGGACACGACAAACGUAGCAAGUUAAUGAGGAGAACGAUUGUGCGCUACGCCAACCUCUCUAUGCUAAUUACCUUCACCAUGAUCUCUCCAGCUGUUAAGAAAAGGUUUCCGACGAGAGAGCACCUUGUGGAAACGGGCUUCAUGACGGAAAACGAGAAGAAGAUCUUCGACGACCUGGACGAAAAGGCGAGUCACCCCAAGUACUGGAUGCCCCUCGUGUGGGCGGGCAGCGUGGUGGCGCGGGCGAGGAAGGAGGGCAGGAUACGAGACGACUUCGCGGUCAAGACGCUGGUCGACGAGAUUAACAGCGUGCGAGGGAAAUGCGGGCGCCUGCUGAGCUACGAUACGAUUAGUAUACCGUUGGUGUAUACGCAGGUCGUCACUCUGGCUGUCUAUUCCUUCUGCCUCGGCACCGUCAUGGGGAGGCAGUUCCUAGACCCCAAACUACAGAUUCCAGACCACGAUAUCGACUUCUACGUUCCGGUCUUCACGUAUUUGCAAUUCUUCUUCUACAUGGGGUGGUUGAAAGUCGCCGAGACGCUGGUGAAUCCCUUUGGAGAAGAUGAUGACGAUUUCGAGAUUAAUUGGCUGGUUGAUAGGAACCUGCAGGUUUCGUACCUCAUAGUGGACGAGAUGCACAGCGAGCACCCGGACCUCAUCCAAGACAUGUACUGGGACGAAAUCUUCCCACAAGAAUUGCCUUACACGGUUGCAGCUGAGCAGUACCGGAAGGAGGCGCCGCAGGGAUCCACCUUCCAUAUACAGGUUCCCGACGAAGAACAGGAUUUCUUGCCGAUGGUCGAGGAGGAGGAGGAUGGGGAAGAUGAUGUUAGUUUGAGGGACGAGGAGAAGGGCCAGUCACCGCGGAAGAAACCCUCAAGUGCCAAGUCCAUCCGAUCUCGCGUGGGUUCCGGCCUCUCGUCUCGGAAGCCCUCGAUGCUGUCAAUGCUCCUGCAACGCGUACGUUCUGGGAGUCAGGAGAACACGAGGCGAAGAAGUACAAAAGGAUUUGGAAGCACGGUGUCAAUAAUGAAGAGACGACCCAGCCAGCUGAGGUCAGUGUCCCGGAUGUCAUCCUCGACGCAAAUGACCUUACAAAGUUCCGCUUCACCUACGAGGAAAAUCACCCUAGUUGGAGAGAACGGCACGAACCUCAACCUCUCGGACGAAUCCCUGAACAUCCAGUCGCCGCUCCCGAUAAGAGACGAUUCGGACGACGAGGGAGCCAUCGAGAUCAACUUCAAGAGGAGGGACGAAAACGGACGUGUUAUCUCACCGGAUGCAGGAUUAAAUAAUGCUGAUAAUGAGAACGAAGUAGAAGGCAGAGCGCCCAGGAAAUACUCAGAGGACGGAAUUACAUCGUUGAAAAGCCGACCGAGCUCGUCAGCCGCGGGCCCGAAGAUCGUACCACUGGAAGAACCUGACUCGCAAGUCAUGGGCGACGAGGAGCUGAAGACGAUCACCGACGACAUCCUGAAGACGGUGGAGGACGAUGACGCCGAAGACAAGGACAAGCCGCCCGAACCCGGACCCAAGAAGUCCUUCGACGCCGUGGCCCUGGCUGGCUUGGAGCCCAUCGCGGAGGAGAAGAAGGACGCGGAAGGGGACUCCGUGACCGAUACGCUCGAUACGGAUAGGCAGUGA